AUGCCGUCCCAGAUUACUGCAGGUCUCCACUGCCUAUUUCUACUGGUCACAGCAUGUUGCCAGAAAUCACAGGACUCAACCUUUCAUCCGUUCUUCCAAGACGUAACUGACAGUGUGCCAGGAGAGGAAAGCUUCCAGACAGAGAUGCAAAGCCAGAAGCAAAAGAUGUUUAUUUUUGACCUUCCCACUCUGGAGUACACUGUUGACAUUGAAGUAAGCUUUAUGGAUUCAACUUUUCUGGAGCCAAUCAAAGAGUAUUUCAAAAACCUUACUUUUACAGUUUCAACAAAUAUUUCAAAUGUAAAUGUGACAGUUUCAAACAUCAACAUUACAACAGUCUGUCUGCUCAGUGGUGAGAACAAUAGCUGUUGCUCUUGUGAAAAUGGAUAUGCCUGGCCAAGUGCAGUGUGCAGUGAUUUGAUAACCUGCCCUUCUGUCAGCCUAGCACCUGCCCUGCCCUGUGGCUACGUGAAGGAAAUGCCUUUCUACGGGCCUUACUGUGAGCCUCAGACUGAAGACACCUGUGGCAUGGGAGAUCCUAUUGUAAUGAAUAUGUCAGUCAGACUCAACAAAAACUUUUCAGAUGAUCUCAGGGAUUCUUCUUCUGAAUUAUACAAAAGAUACAAAGCUGACCUUGAAAAAGCGUUUAAUGCUAGCUACAGAUGUUUACCAGGUUUUGUAUCGGCAACAGUAACUGCUUUCAGGCCUGGAAGUGUUUUUGUGAACUACGAAGUAAAAGCAAGACCAGCAAGCUUUGAUCAGACAGCAAUUUCCAACACAUUUGUACCACAAUUUCUAAAUUCAUCAUACCAGCUAAACAAAGCUACCUUCACAGAAGAAAUAACUAAUCAGACAAACUUCACUGUGAGUCCUGUAGACUUUUUUGAAGGGGAUACAGUAAGACUGAUUUGUGAGAUAAAUUCAAAAUCUGAGAAUGCGACCUGGUAUCACUUCGAUCAGAUCAUCUCACCCAGCUUCCAUUACUCGAUGGAGAGAAAAUUUUUAAUGAAAACCUCAGAGUCAGUUCUUAAAAUUAGUGACACGACGGUGAACGAUUCUGGUUCCUAUAGGUGCACUUUCGAACAGAGAAAUGAUUUUCACACACGGAUAUACAAGGCCACGAAAACAAUAACAGUCUCUCCACUAUCCAUCACUGCAAACUUAAAUAACAUCGAUGUUAUAUGCAACAGUCCUGAAAUGCAGACAAACAGUCCUCUGCUGUCCUGUUGCAUUGACAGACACUUACCAUCACUUACUGGUGACUGGAAAGUAGAUGGAGCAAUCAGUAUUACAGGAGUCUCCAAUUUCAGUGAAAACUGCACUGACUACAAGCUCAACAUCAGUCAAUCACUAUGUGCACCUGAGAAGUCAGGUACAGUGACGACAUAUACAUGUGAGCUGCAGACUGGACAUGGUGCUAGGCGCAGUCAAAACAUCAGCGUGACGUACUUCCAGACAGCCCAUGUAACAAUAUCUUCAAGCAUAAGCGCAUCAGUUUCUGAGGGAUAUGCAUUCAAUCUAACGUGUGAAAGUGAUGUGAGCAAUUAUGACAGUGUCAGUUGGAAAAUCCAGUCUGGAAAUAACACAACAGCAGUAGACUGCCAUAUGUGCGUCAAAAAUAGCAAAUUUCCAGCCACGUCUGUGCUGUCAGUGAAGAGUGCCACACAGGACUGGAACGGCACCUACAUCUGCACAUUCUCCCAGAAGUACCUGGAGAGUUCUGCCAAUAUGACAAUCGAGGUUAUUUCCUCGCUUCUGAAGCAGGACAUCCUGAUAGACCCCAUUACAGCACCUAUACAGUGCAAAGUGCAACAAGCCCUUCAGUGCUGCAUAAGUGCUGGCACCAUGGAAAGUUACAAUGUUACAUUCAUGGUUCAACAAUAUGAAUUUCCAGUUGUAAAAAAGAAAGACGGAAAUUUGUUUUGCUACAUGUACAAUUACACAGAAACAGAAUGCAGCAAAGAGAAAGAGUUCACAGCAUAUUGCAAGUUUACUAACCGCAUUGGACAGGAAGUCAACAGUGAAAAUAUAAGUCUGCACCUCAUACCUGAUAAUAAAGUUUCCUGCUCAAACAGCUUGGGCAUUGGAAUAGAAGGGGACAUAUUAACAAAGCCAUGCUAUCAGUCAGCUAUUCCAGAUGGUUUUACCCAAGGCAAGAAAAUUUACAAGUGCUCCAGCAAAUCAUGGGAGCUUGAAAAGGAUGAAUGCCUGACUGCACCAAUAAACAACCUGCUGACUAGUGCCAUG